AUGGAAUCGGUUUAUUCACCUCCUGCUAAUGUGGCCUUGUCAACACCUGCACGACGUCGAGCACGAACCACUCGUCGUCAGCUGCAGAUUUUGGAGAGGUUUUACAAUGGACAAACUGCAUACCCUGACAAGAAGCAAAAGCAACAGUUGGCUCGAUUGGUUGGGUUCACUGAAGAAAGCGUUCAUUUCUGGUUUCAAAACCACAGGCAAUCGAUGCGUACUUUACAAGGUCGACGACAACAACAACAGCAAAAUGAACCAUCUUCUUCAGCUGAGCAUGACACCACAAGAAGCACGGCUACUGCCAAUACAACUACUACUACUUCAACGACGUUAGCAGCAUCAUCAGCUGCGAUUGAUUCGGGUCCAGAGCAGCGUACUCAGAUGCCACCACCACCACCACCUGUAUCAUCUUCCACCUAUACAAAUAUGCUUGAAGGAUCAUCAUCUUUAAGUCAUAUGCAAGCACAUUCAAGCCCACAACAAGCUUUUUCUUUCUCGAAUCAACCACAACCUUCGCUACAAGUGUCAACCCAUGCAGCACGCUUGCCUCCUUUUUCAUCCUUUGUACAUGAUCAGCCGCAUACUGUAGCUUCGACUAUGCCACCCACCAGAGCAACAUCAUCCAGCAGUUACUUUUCAGCGUUUACUCCCACAAGCACCAUUCAACAACAAUCUCUUGCUACCACUUCCACCAUUACUACUACCACUAGUGCAGCUGCGAGUGAUGCUGGUCGCGUGUUACCUGCACCUGGAACAGCUCGUUUGCCACCAAUUCAUUUUUACUUUCAUCAUCCAGAGUUUGGCAUCGAAUCAACGAUGCUUCAGCUAUCAACUUUUGGAAAAGCUGAUCAAAGCAGCAGUGGAUAA